AUGGCUAACAACAUGAAUAAUCUGACGACGCUGAUCAAGCGGCUUGAAGCCGCUACCUCACGUCUCGAAGACAUUGCCAGUUCAGCCCUCCCAGCCGGCAGCGAUGGACCUGGCAGCUUCAAUGGAGCCUCGACGAGUGCCGCUCCCGGCGCGACACAAUCAAAUAUCAAUGCGAGCACCCCCAAGCUAGUGGCUGAGGCAGCGCUGCCCCCAGCAAUUGAGGCCUUCGACGAGCUGGUCAACUCGGAGCUCAAGAACUGGCUGGAGUUGAGUGGAAAGUUGGGCACUGUUAUCGAGGGCCAGUCCAAGGCAGUCGAGGGUGCUUUCGCUGCCGAGCGUCAGUUCCUCUUCAUCGCCAACAAGGCCAAGAAGCCCGACGACCGCACCCUCAUGGAGCUUCUAAAGGAUCUCCAGGCAAACAUGGAGAAGACGGACGAGUUCAGACAGAGCAAUCGAGAUCCCACUCUCAAGGACCCGUUGUCCAUGGUUGCCGACGGUGUGGGAUCCCUUGGUUGGGUCACCAUUGGCCAGGGCGGAGGCAUGAAGCCCCAUGAGCACAUCAACGAGCUGGUUGGCGGAGCUCAGAUGUACGGCAACAAGGUACUUAAGGAGUAUCGUGACAAACCCGAGGGUGAAGUCCAUAUCAAGUGGGUUCAAGCUUACUACAAGCUAUUCAAGGCCCUCGCCGAAUACGCAAAGAAGCACCACACCACCGGCGUAGCCUGGAACAGUAAUGGCAUCGACGCCAAGGAAGCUGCAAAGCAAAUCUCUGGUGGAUCCAGCCUACCUGCUCCUCCAGCAGGAGGCGUCCCACCACCUCCCCCACCACCAGGUCCACCACCACCACCUGGUGCUGCGCCCGCAGCUAAGAAGGCUGCAACUGAUAUGAAUGCUGUUUUUGGUGAGCUCAACAAGGGCUCAGACGUAACAAAGGGACUUCGCAAGGUCGACCCGAGCCAAAUGACACAUAAGAACCCGUCAUUACGAGCAACCGCGCCAGUCCCUACACGUAGCGAUAGUACCGGCAGUCUGGGCAGGAGUAAGAGCCCUGCACCACCCAAGGCGAAGAAGCCGGAAAGCAUGCGGACAAAGAAGCCUCCCAAGAAGGAGCUAGAUGGAAACAAGUGGAUAAUAGACAACUUUGACUCGCCGAGUGAAAUGAUUGAAAUCGAUGCCGAGAUCAACCAUUCCAUUCUCAUUUCCCGCUGCAAGAACACAACUAUCCGCAUCAACGGCAAGGCCAAUGCCCUCUCCCUCGACAACUCGUCACGCACAUCUCUCAUCAUCGACUCCAUGGUCAGCUCAGUCGACGUGAUCAAGUGCCCCAACUUUGCCCUCCAGGUCAUCGGAACCCUGCCUACGAUUCUGCUUGACCAGGUUGACGGCGCCACCAUAUACCUCUCCAAGGACUCCUUAGCGACCGAAGUCUUUACCAGCAAGUGCAGCAGCGUCAACAUCAACCUGCCAACCGAAGACGACUAUGUAGAAAACCCACUGCCAGAACAGAUCCGAAGCUAUGUUCAGGAUGGCAAACUUGUCAGUGAGAUUGUCGAGCAUGCGGGUUAG